AUCCAGGGAGUAAUCUAUGCCUAAACCAUCCUAAACUAAUUAAUUAUGGAACGAAGUGACCAAAAAUAUAAUAUUGUUAUGUGACAUAAAUGGAUAUUAAACAUGAAAUAUUCUGUUUUAAAUGCCCAGAUAUUGAAAUAAGGAUGAUACGCUUCAAUUUAAAAUAUGAAAAAUGAAAGAGGAAAUGGAUUUGAAGAGGAAAAGAAACUUCAAUUUGUUGCAAGAAAGAUAAUUUAGAUAAUCUUUUAUAGUACUUUAAACCACAGCUAAAAUGAUUUUAAGUUUCUAUUAUACUAUAAACUACUAUUGAAAGUUCGGCUGAACCGCCCUUGAGUCCAGGAAAACUUAGGCUUUAUGGAAUGAGGUUUUGUCCAUAUGAUCACCGAGUGCAUCUAGUACUAUUGGCAAAGAACAUACUACAUGAUGUUGUGUGGAUCAAUUUAAAGAACAAGCCGGAAUGGUACGUGAAAAAAAUCCCAACAGCUAAAGUACCUGCGUUGGCCAUCGGAGAGAAAUGUCUGUGGGAGAGUCUGAUCAUCGCUGACUAUCUAGACGAACAAUACACGGAGAGACCUCUGCAUAGCAGCAACACACUUCAGAAAGCCAAGGAUAGAAUUCUGAUUGAGUCUUUUGGACCGAUAUCGGGGGCAUUCUACAAAUUUAUCAUGACAAAGCCAACUCCAACCACUGAAGAGUUUGAGGUUGUUGUUCGUGAAGUAAAAGUAUUUGAUCUGGAGCUGGCUAACCGGGGGACACCUUUCUUUGGAGGUUCUCAGCCAGGAAUGGUGGACUACAUGAUCUGGCCGUGGUUUGAGCGAUUUGGAGCAGCGAAAAUUGUAUUCGGCGAACAAUUUGAUAUGACUUCAAAAUACCAAGCUGAAAUUCCUCACAUUGUCUCUUGGAUGAAUUCUAUGAAGGAAGACAGAGCUGUAAAAGAAUACGCUUUAUCACCAGAAACACAUGCAAGAUACAUGAAGGGUUAUAUGGCUGGAAAUAGUGACUACAACAUGGAGAUUUAAACACUUAAGGUUCUCUAGCAUUUCUGAUUUGAUCAUGACAAAUGCGACAGACAGUAUUAACAGGUUAUGGGGGUUUUUUGUCCACAAGAAGUGAUCGCAUAGUCCAUUUUCAUUUAUGUUCGGAUAAAGAUUUAAGUUUUUGCAGUAGUUUUCAAUUGUGCCAAGAGAUCAUUGGUAAUUUUGAAUUCUAUUCAUAAAGUGCCACAUGAAUAGAAAGAUAGUUGCAGCCAAGUUUCAACUGAAAGAUCAUCCAACCAAGCUGCUAAAAAUAUUCAAAUAGAACUAUGAGUAAACACUAAAUACUCAAACCAAAGAAAAACUCAAACUGUUGAAACUCCAGGAAUAUACUUUGAUUUAUUGGUUUUGUAUAUAAGGAUAUUCAAAAAUUAAAAACAAUUUUUGUUGAACUAAUUUUAGGGCAAGUGCACCAGUGAAUGACCAUUUUGUAUGGACCUCAAAAUAAACUUUUUGUUUUGCUUAGUCGUAAAAGUAACAUUGGAGCCUUAUUGGGUCCACCCAGUUACCAGUUCAAGGAAAGUGUCAAUCAUCCUUUGUAAAAUAA